CCACAUCUCAAGGUGUAGCCUUAGCGGCGUGUAAAUGGAACCUUGUGUUGAGUGAUUAGCGCUCGUUAUCAUCGAAAAUCAUUUUACGAUUUUAAAUCGUUUUAAUCGGAAAUUUAGUUUGAUUUCUUUUCUUUUUUUUCCGAUUGAAAUUUGCUCUAUAAAAACACUGAUGAAAUAAUGAAAAGACAACGUAUUAAUUUGGAAAAUUUCACUCCUACUAAAAAAGCUGAUGAUCAAGAUGAUGGCAGUUCAUCAUCGACUUCAAGUUCAACAACAACAACUGCCGGAAUUAAUCCGAAUACAAACACAGCAUAUUCACCAAGAUAUUAUGAAUUAUUUCGUAAACGAAUACAGCUACCAGUUUGGGAAUAUCAAAGCAAGUUUAUCGAUCUACUUGAUCAAAGUCAGAUAAUUGUUUUGGUCGGUGAAACUGGAUCGGGUAAAACAACACAAAUACCACAAUGGUGUGUUGAUUAUUGUCGAAAACGAAAAAUCCGUAUUGGUGUUUCAUGUACACAACCAAGACGAGUAGCUGCAAUGUCAGUUGCUACACGUGUUGCCGAAGAAAUGGAUGUACAACUUGGACAAGAAGUUGGUUAUUCGAUUCGUUUUGAAGAUUGUUGUUCACAACGUACUAUAUUAAAAUAUUGUACUGAUGGUAUGUUAUUACGUGAAGCAAUGUCCGAUCCAUUAUUGGAAGCAUAUAGUAUUAUCUUAUUGGAUGAAGCACAUGAACGUACAUUAUCUACCGAUAUUUUGAUGGGUGUUUUGAAACAAGUUGUAACAAAACGUUCUGAUUUAAAAAUUAUUGUCAUGAGUGCAACAUUAGAUGCUGGAAAAUUUCAACAAUAUUUUGAUAAUGCACCAUUAAUGAAUGUACCUGGUCGUACACAUCCAGUUGAAAUAUUUUAUACACCUGAACCAGAACGUGAUUAUUUGGAAGCAGCAAUUCGUACUGUUAUUCAGAUUCAUGUUUGUGAAGAAGAAGGUGAUUGUUUAGUAUUUCUUACCGGCCAAGAAGAAAUUGAAGAAGCAUGUAAACGAAUAAAACGUGAAAUUGAUAACCUCGGGCCUGAUGUUGGACAAUUAAAAUGUAUACCAUUAUAUUCAACAUUACCACCAAAUCUUCAACAACGUAUAUUUGAACCAGCACCACCAAAUCGUUCAAAUGGUGCUGUUGGACGUAAAGUUGUUAUAUCAACUAAUAUUGCUGAAACAUCGUUAACAAUCGAUGGUGUUGUUUAUGUUAUUGAUCCAGGAUUUUCCAAACAAAAAGUUUAUAAUCCAAGAAUUCGUGUUGAAUCAUUAUUGGUAUCACCAAUAUCACGUGCAUCAGCACAACAACGUGCAGGUCGUGCUGGUCGUACAAAACCAGGAAAAUGUUUUCGACUAUAUACGGAAAAAGCAUUUAAAAAUGAUAUGCAAGAACAAACAUAUCCAGAAAUUUUACGUUCAAAUCUUGGAACGGUUGUUUUACAGCUAAAAAAACUUGGUAUACAUGAUUUGGUUCAUUUUGAUUUUAUGGAUCCACCAGCACCUGAAACAUUAAUGCGUGCAUUAGAAUUAUUAAAUUAUAUUGGUGCACUGGAUGAUGAAGGUGAAAUGACUGAUAUUGGUGCUAUUAUGGCUGAAUUCCCAUUGGAUCCCCAAUUAUCAAAAAUGUUAAUAUCAUCAUGUGAUUAUAAUUGUUCAAAUGAAAUAUUAUCAAUUGCAUCAAUGCUGUCGGUACCACAAUGUUUUGUACGACCAAAUGAACAUAAAAAAGCUGCUGAUGAUGCUAAGCUACGUUUUGCACAUAUUGAUGGUGAUCAUUUAACAUUGUUAAAUGUUUAUCAUGCAUUCAAACAAAAUCAUGAAGAUGCAAAUUGGUGUUAUGAAAAUUUUAUCAAUUAUCGUUCAUUAAAACAAGCUGAUAAUGUACGGCAACAAUUAGCUAGAAUAAUGGAUCGUUUUAAUUUGAAACGUAUUUCAACAGAAUUUACAUCCAAAGAUUAUUAUCUAAAUAUACGUAAAGCAUUAGUUUCGGGAUAUUUUAUGCAAGUUGCACAUCUUGAACGUAAUGGUGCAUAUUUAACAAUCAAAGAUAAUCAAAUUGUUUAUCUACAUCCAUCAUCAGUUUUAGAUCAUAAACCUGAUUGGGUUCUUUAUAAUGAAUUUGUUUUAACGGCAAAAAAUUAUAUACGUACAGUUACGGAAAUUAAACCCGAAUGGCUACUGCGUAUUGCACCUGUUUAUUAUAAUUUGGAUUAUUUUCCACAAUGUGAAGCUAAACGUCAAUUGGAAUUUGUUCGUAGUAAAUUGUCUGCACAACGUGAAAAACGUAUCUAAUGAAAUUGGCAAAUGAAAAUCGAAUCUAUCAAUAUGAUGAUUCAUUUAGGAAUUUUUUUUCACAUUCAUUCAUUCAUUUUAUUCA